AUGCAACUUGGGUCUGGCGGCCAUCCCAGACCCAAGUACCUGGGGUCUGCAGCCAUGCCAGACCCAAGAGACUUGGGUCCCGUGCCCAUAAGCCUUGUGUCUGGCAUCCAUAAGCCAUACCUCUCAACCUCAUUACAAGAUUUAUGGGGUAGAAGAUGGAAUCUCAUUGUUUCAAAUAUUUUACGACCUGCCGUGUACAAACCAACACGCAAUCUUGCUUCACUAGUUGUUGGCAGAAAGUGGGCACUAAUUCCUGCCUUCAUGGGGACAUUUCUUGUGUCAGGAGUCAUGCACGAGCUGAUCCUUUUCUACUAUGUGGGGUGUGAUCAGAGGUCCCCAUGGGAGCUCACAUGCUUCUUUCUCCUCCAUGGAGUGUGUCUAUUAACUGAGAUUGCUUUAAAGAAGCGAUUUGGUGGCCGAUGGCAAUUGCCACGGCUGGUAUCAGGGCCUCUGACAAUAGGAUUCGUGUUGUUUACCGGCUUUCAGCUGUUCUUGCCCUCGUUGGAUCGGUGUAAAGCUUUUGAAAAGGCGUAUGUGGAGCUGGCUGCUUUAAUGGCAUUCCUAGGGACGGAGCUAGAGUCAAAGACUUGCUGA